AUGUUCAUUCAAACCAUUGUAUUGGCGUCAACCCUGGCUAUCGUCUAUGCGUCGACUGUGGCCGAGAAGCUUGAGUUCAUUCGUUGUGCCAAAGCUGGUAACGCAGCCCUCGAAGGCCUGACAUCCCAACAGUUGAUUGAUUUGACCCAAAAAAACCUGAUGACCGCCACAGCUAUGGUCAACAAGAGAUCCAAUGCCGCCCGACAACAGGGACUCAACUGCUAUUAUGACUUCAAUAUGGCUUACGGCCCGGCAUUUAAUGAUAUCGUUGGACCCACUGGUGAGCCAAAGGUGUUGAGCAAAGCCACGAGUGAUGCCCAGAGAGCCAAAGCCAUUCAACAGAUCGCAGGAAUGACUCAAUUGGUUAUAUGUGACGAGCAAUACCGGGCCAACCAUAUGAAUGAUACCGUUCAGUGCAAUCUACUCGAACAGAAUGGAGGUGCUCUCGUAGAGUUCUCGACCAGAUUACCCAUUAUUGAAACUUUGAUGGGUGUUGGCGGUACCCUACUCAAAUUUGUCUCACCACCAAUGGAUUCAGUUGUUACCCAGAUGAAGAAUCUCUACCAACAGCUAUACACCACUGGAAAGCAAUGUUCCCAAAACCCAGCCCUACCACCGGCUCAGAGAUGUGCUAACCUUAAAAUGUUUGACUUAGAGUUAGCACGUCUUGGA